AUGAGAUGGGAUGGCUUGGGCGUGCUUGUUUGGACUUGUUUGGACGCCUCGCUUGAUCAAGUAGGCUACGGGCUGGCGCCUAGAGGAUGCUACUACCGAUUGGCUGUCUCGUGCAGCACGCAAGUCAAUGGGAGACCUCUUCGGUCAACGAUCCAUUUUGGAGACAUGAGGACGAUGUACCAGGUAGCCGUACUGUCCCACUACCUUGAGGUAUCGUAG